CCCAACCACCCACGCUCUACACGCAUCUUCAAACCACAGCCGAACGACAACGACGACGACGAGACGACAAAGCAGCAGCAGGGCUUAAUAAUCUCAGUUUGCCAUGGCUCCGCAGCCGCAGCCAACGUCAGUCUUUGUCCUCGACAACGGCGCGUCUGAAAUCAAAGCCGGUCUCGCGAGUUCCCCUUCGCCAACGAUAUACCCCAACGCAAUCACACGCAGCCGCGACCGAAGAGUGUUCAUAGCCGACGAGCUGUAUACGCAAUGCAAGGACUUCUCGGGACUGGUGUAUCGUCGGCCGUAUGAAAAGGGCCAUUUGACAAACUGGGAGAGCGAAAAGGUUAUUUGGGAUCGCGUUAUUUACGGUGACGGCAGCAGCAGCAGCGACGGCGUGAGACCAGAAGAGACGGCGUUUAUCCUGGGAGAGCCAAGUGCGCAACUACCAGUGUGCUCGGCAAAUACAGAUCAGAUUGUGUUUGAAGAGUACGGAUUCGCGACUUAUUUCAGAUGUCCGUCUGCGUUCCUAGUGCACGAGAACGAUCACAACGAGGCGUUGUAUCAGACGGAGGAGGAGACCGACGCACAGCCUCUUGCCGAAUCAACCAAGAAAAACACAAAACUUCUCAAGUCAGAUACCACGCUUGUGAUUGAUUCUGGCUACUCAGCGACAGUGGUCACGCCAAUAAUUGAAAACAAAGUAUACCAUGCUGGCAUCAAACGGCUAAACAUCGGCGGCAAGCUGCUGCGCAACUAUCUCAAGGAAACAAUCUCCUACCGCCACUACAACAUGAUGGACGAGUCAUACAUCGUGAACGAGAUCAAAGAGCACUGCUGCUACGUGUCGACGAAAUUCGCUGCCGAUCUCGAAAUCUGCAAAAAGUUCUCGCUCGCAAAAAAUCCGCUCGCGAUCGAGUACGUACUUCCUCGCGCGUCGGCGUCGGGAUUCAGAGCAGGCCACGUCCGCACUAAAUCAGAAGCAAGCGAGCCAGAUGAUCAGAUCCUGGUCCUUGCAAACGAGCGGUUUAGUAUUCCAGAAGUGCUCUUCCAUCCGUCCGACAUUGAUAUCGCGCAGGCUGGUGUCCCGGAGAUUAUCGCCCAGAGCUUGAACACCAUCCCGGAUCGCGAUGUUCGCAAUUUAUUGCUGGCGAACACCGUCUUUGUUGGUGGGAGUACCAAGUUUGAAGGGUUUAAGGAACGCGUGUCAAGCGAGCUACAGGCACUUACACCAGACGAUGCGUUCCUCAGAUUAGGAUUCCCAGACGACCCGAUAACAUAUGCAUGGCAAGGAGGAGCGAGGCUGGGUCAGCAAAAGGCCAGGCUCCGGUCGCUGCAGGUCACGAAGAAGGAGUACAUGGAAUACGGAUCUAAUAUCUGUCUGCAGAAAUUUGGCAGGCCUGCAAAGGAUGACCGGGAGCUGUAGUAGCUGCUCAAUGUGUAUAAUAGAUAUUCUGCAUGUGCUGUAUUAUAAAUCACUUUCCUGCUCGUAAAAAUAAGCAGAUCCAUAUUGAAUCGAAAUCAUCCUCGAC